AUGACCUUUGAGAAACCCAAGCAAUGGCCUCAGUGGUUACCUCUUGCUGCAUGGUGGUACAACACCACCUACCAUACUGCGACUCAUCUCACUCCUUUUGAAGAGGUUUAUGGACAAAAACCACCUCUCUUAUUGCCAUACAUAUCUUUUGAUUCAGCACUUGUUAUCGUGGACAGAAGUUUGCAAGCAAGAGAGACUACUAUAAGGGAUUUGAAGUCUUAUCUAGAGAAAGAUCAAGGUAGAAUGAAGAUCCAAGAUGACAGGAAAAGAACUGAUUGGACUUAUACAGUAGGUGAUCAGGAGUAUUUUCCAUAUUCGUAUCUACCUGCUUGCUGCUACUCGCCGAUUUUGCUGUUUCCGAUGAGAUUCGAACUCGUCGGAGCUCCUAUGACCUUGGUGGUGAUAAGAACUACGCAUAUAUCUGGUGGAAGAACUAUUUCCGGUGAGAGCCCGCCGGCAAAAGGAUGUUACUCGUUGAUUUUGGUCGUUUUAGAUGCUAAUUCGAUAUCCGACGAGAUCAGGUCAUCGGAUUGA